UUCUGCCUUCGACACGAAAACUGGGCUGCGUGUAGCUGUCAAGAAGCUGUCCCGACCAUUUCAGUCCAUCAUUCACGCCAAAAGGACCUACCGAGAGCUGCGGCUGCUUAAGCACAUGAAACACGAAAAUGUGAUUGGUUUGUUGGAUGUGUUCACCCCUGCCAAGUCACUAGAAGAAUUCAAUGAUGUGUACUUGGUGACACACCUCAUGGGAGCAGAUCUGAACAACAUUGUGAAGUGCCAGAAGCUCACCGAUGACCAUGUGCAGUUCCUCAUUUACCAAAUUCUUCGGGGACUGAAGUACAUCCAUUCAGCUGACAUCAUACACAGGGAUUUAAAGCCUAGUAACCUGGCUGUUAAUGAAGACUGCGAGCUGAAGAUCCUGGAUUUUGGCUUGGCCCGACACACAGAUGACGAGAUGACCGGGUAUGUGGCUACCCGGUGGUACAGGGCUCCCGAGAUCAUGCUCAACUGGAUGCAUUACAACCAGACAGUUGAUAUUUGGUCAGUGGGCUGCAUUAUGGCUGAACUGUUGACUGGAAGAACGUUGUUCCCUGGUACAGACCAUAUUAACCAGCUUCAGCAGAUCAUGCGUCUGACGGGAACACCCCCUGCCUAUCUCAUUAACAGGAUGCCCAGCCACGAGGCAAGAAACUACAUUCAGUCUCUGUCUUACAUGCCGAAAAUGAACUUUGAAAAUGUGUUUAUCGGUGCCAAUCCGCUGGCUGUGGACUUGCUGGAGAAGAUGCUGGUGCUGGAUACAGACAAACGGAUCACCGCGGCGGAAGCGCUGGCCCACGCCUACUUCGCUCAGUAUCACGACCCGGACGACGAACCCGUGGCAGACCCCUACGACCAGUCUUUUGAAAGCAGAGAGCUCGAGAUCGAAGAAUGGAAAAGCCUGACUUACGACGAAGUCAUCAGCUUCGUGCCGCCGCCGCUCGACCAAGAGGAGAUGGAGUCCUGAGAAACCGCUCUCUUCUCUUCGUCCCACUUCACUGUGAGGGGAAGGCCUUUCCCUAGGGACUCCUCGAUUAUCGUUCAAGUGCCUCGUCGCGACGAUUUUCUCCUUGGUGGAGGGGUUUUGUGUGUG